UGGGUGAUGGACGUACCGGACAUCUAGGGCGUAAAUUCUAGAUGGUCGUGCGGUAACUGUCUGUACACCCGGAAGUGCGACUACACUCUCCCCGUGAGGGCGGCUGGAAACAGGUCCUUCGGCAAGGUCAUGUCUCUGCCGAAGGACGCUGGCAAAUGGUAGUCGGGCGAAGAGAAGACAACUCUGGAAGAUCACCCCAAUCCAAGGCGGAACAGCCAGCGCCGAAGGAUGAGUGGCCGAGGGGUAACUCGGUCCUGAGCCGGCGAACUCUGCGCACCUGUCGACCCGCAGUUUCAAUCCAGACUUCCUGCGGCAUCUCGGGCUCUGCUGUGGGCGACCUCCUUUCCCGUGCACUCGUGGGAACCAAAUGAAUAGUCUAAAAAUAUAUGAGUCCGAUGCCGCUCCAAAGGCAUCAACCAUCCAGAAUUCAGGUCCUGGCUUUGUUCGGCUGAAAAGCAAGCAAAAGAAGCUGCUGCGAAAGGCUCUUCAAGGUGGACUGACCAGAGAAAAGGCUCUAGCAGUGGCGCAAGCUGUUCCCAUAGCCAAGGGACUCCUGCCUGCUCCUUAUGGAAUACAGACCAGUAAUCCCUAUCCCUACUCCACUUUCGUUAAAUGUGUAAGAAUCGGUGUGGCUCCGGAGUCUGCUGGGACUCUGCUGACCGCCGAGGAAGUAACCAGGAUCAAAGAGGCCAUAGUCGAUGUUACCGUGGAGAAUUCUGGCAGCCAGAAGCCCCAGUUCGAGGGAUGUGUUCCUCGAAGAGGAUGGCUUCUUAUCACCUGUUCCAACUUAUCCACCGCAGAGUGGCUUAAACAAAAUUUCUGCCACAUUCAGGCCAAAGUAGAGAUUAAACUGAAGUUAAUGAAAGAGUCAGAACUCCCGAAGAAAAAUGUGGUGCUUGGAUACUUUCCAGACAGCCUAUCCACCAGCAGUGAAAAGGUCCUGCAAAUCAUAGAGGCCCAGAACUCAGUCUCAACCGCAGAAUGGAGGGUUAUGAACCGAUUGAUCCAUGGUGAUUUCUUACACCUUGUCAUGGCCGUAGACAAUGAGUCUCACAAGAAGCUGGUUAAGAUGGGUGGGCUCAUCUUCUACCGAUUCGGUCGCUUAAAACUGUAUUCGAAAAGCGCUUCAGAUAGGAAAAAGGCAUUAGAUGGCAAAAACCUAGCAUCAAAUAUAUCACCAAUAGAAAAAUCCUUUGAAAAACCCGCUCCAAGUCAGACGGCUCCUCAAGAUCAAGCUAUGAGAAAUAAUGGGCCUGGAAAUUUCUGUGAUAAUCCGUGGAAUACCUACAAUAAUCCUGGAAAUCAAUGGAACCAACAACCAAACUCGUGGUAUUAUCCAUAUUAUCCAUCGCCCUUUUGGUCUGGAUCCGGCACCUGGAAUAGAUGAGAUAGAAUGUUCAAUGAUCAACC